GGGCGGAAGACGGUUACUGUAGCAGAGCGGAAGUAGUUGCUGCUCUGCGUGUGUAGUGUGCCGGUGGGGGUGUGUGUGAGGCUGUGCAGUGACAGGGAGCAGGGCUGCGGCGGGAAAGCGGGAAGUGCUGUGGCUGUCUUUUACAGGCAGGAGGUGAUGUCUCCGGUCGGGCAGCUGUGUGUAGUUGUUCCUGCUUAGCGCGGAAGCCUACAGACUGAUGUUCCCCUUCCCGGUGUGCUGCUAGUCCCGUCCAGUGUGCUGCUAGUCCCGUCCAGUGUGCUGACACAGAAAUAUAUAGCUACCAGCUGGGGUUUCUGCCUGUCCCUGUGUCUGAUCAGCGCUUCGACUCCUCGGCUUCCAUCUCCCUUCAGUCAUUAAUCGUAUGUCAUUAAGCAAUGAAGACUGAGGAACAAAAUACAAGCAUGUCAUUUAUUGACACCGCUAUCAAGAUGAGACGAGAGGCACAGGACAGAAAGGUUGUCUUGGCCUGGGCUUUCCUGAAUGGCUCUUUGGCAGGGAUGAUUUACACUGAAAUGACUUGUAAAAAGAUUAGUACUUAUUAUAACAUUUCAGACUGGCCCUUGUGGUAUAUUGAACUAGCACUUGCUUCACUGUUCAGUCUGAAUGCAUUGUUUGAUUUUUGGAGGUAUUUUAAAUCCACAAUGACAUCACCUAGUCAUAUGCUGAGCCCCUCACAGCAAAAGCUUCUAGGAGUACCGUAUUCGUCUUUGCAGUCUACUCCACCUAAUGAUCACUUGAAAAAUAGGGUCCCAACAACCACUCCAUCUCCUAGCAUGCAAGGGCAAAGUGUACUAAGCUACAGUCCCUCAAGUUCACCCAGCACCAAUCCCAAGUUCUCUUCCAGCUUCAUCAGUGGGUACAGCCCUCAGAUACAAGCUAUGUUACCAAGCAGUGGCAGUUCUUUUGCUUCUGCACCCUACUCGCCAAACAGCAGCUACACAAAGAUGCAAAACUUUAGCCCCACGCUAGGAUCACCACAAUAUCCUAGUAGCAUUGGGCCAGUGGAAAGCGGUGGCUUAAGAUCUCGCUACCGUUCUUCACCAUCUGCCUACAGCUCCCCUACAGGCAAUGAUGACUACAUUACGGAUCUCAAAUUACUGGACACGUUCCUUCGUUGUGAAGAAGAAAAACAGCAACGUGCUCAACUAGGGAGUCCAGAAUCCAACUCCUCAUCUAACAGCCCAACCUUCUGGAACUAUAGCCGGUCUAUGGGGGAUUAUGCACACACUUUGAGGAAGUAUCAGUACCAGUUGGCAUGCCGGUCUCAAGCUCCUUCUGCACACAAGGAUGAAGCUGAUCUUGGCUCGAAGCAGGCAGCGGAAGAGAUUUGGGCAAGACUUGCAAUGAAUCGUCAGCUUUUGGACCACAUGGAUUCAUGGACAGAGAAAUUUCGGAAUUGGAUUAAUGAAACUAUUCUGGUGCCUUUGGUUCAAGAGAUGGAGUCUGUUAACAUGCAGAUGAGAAGGUUAGGAUGUCCUGAGUUACAAAUCGGAGAAUCCAGCAUUAGCAGUUUAAAACAAGCAGCUCUUGUAAAGGGUCCACUUAUCCCUACAUUGAAUGUUAUAGUGCAAUAUCUGGACGUCACGCCAAACCAGGAAUAUCUCUUUGAGCGUAUAAAAGAACUAUCCCAUGGAGGAUGUAUGAGCUCUUUCCGCUGGAACAGAGGUGGAGACUUUAAAGGUCGAAAAUGGGAUACUGAUCUUCCGACUGACUCUGCGAUAGUCAUGCAUAUGUUCUGUACUUACCUCGACUCUCGGUUGCCUCCUCAUCCCAAGUAUCCUGAUGGGAAAACCUUCACCUCUCAGCACUUUGUCCAGACACCAGAUAAACCUGAUACCUCGAAUGAAAACGUGUUUUGCAUCCAUCAGAGCAGUGUCAAUCCUCCCCACUAUGAACUGGUCUACCAGAAGCACAUAUACAACUUGCCAAAGGGAAGAAACAACUUGUUCCACACAUUACUUAUGUUCCUGUACAUAAUAAAGACCAAAGAAUCUGGAAUGCUUGGGAGAGUCAAUCUUGGUUUAUCUGGAGUGAAUAUAUUAUGGAUAUUUGGCGACCUUUAAUAAUAAACCUGUUUCAUACUA